AAAAUGAUAAAGAUAAAGAAAAAAUCAAAGAAUUAGAAAAAACACUUGCAACAAAAGAAACAAAAAUUGAAACAUUAGAAAAAGAUAAAAAAAGAUAUAAACUAGAAGCAAAAACUUGGAAAGAAUUAUAUAAAAAAGCUAAAGAAGAAAAAAAACAGUAUGAAACUUUAUAUAAUGCUUAUAUUACUAAUCAUGGAGAUUAUGAUCAUAUUAAAAAAAAAUUAAAAAAAAUUACUAAAGAGCAUGAUGAUUAUAAAAGAGAUUUAAAGAAAAGUCAAGAAGAAAAAAGAAAAAUUAAUAUUAAAAUUCAAAAAAAUGUUCAAACAAUUAUUACUUUAAUAAAAAAAUUUCCUCCUUAUUUAAUAAGACAAAUAAUUGAACAAUUUGAAAAAUUAGCAGAAUCUGGUGACCAAAAUAUGUAUGAAAUAAUUAUUGGAAAUGUAAAUGAAUUAGACAUAGUAAUAUAA